AUGAUGAAGCAAACCUAUAUUCUUGUAGUCAUUUUAUUCGCUAUUCUUUCAAUAGCCAACGCUAUUCCACUUCAACUUUAUAAAAGAGCCACUACCUUUGUCGUAUGCCCUACAGGAUCUCCAAACAUAAUCACUGUAUCAAUUCAACCUGAUCCUCCCUUGGCUAAUCAACCUGCAAUUUUUACUAUUUCCGGAACAUUAAAGACUGGUGUCAUUACCACAGGAUCCAAACUUGUUAUUUUUGUUCUGGAUAAUAAUGGUAACACCUUAGGUGAAGCUUUAACCGAUGAUAUUUGUAGUUUCCCUGGAAUGACAUGUCCGGCUAACUAUUUUAGUUUAAUAAGAAAAGUUCAAAUAUUAAACCUACCCGCAACAUAUAGUUUUGUAGUUCAGAUUUUAGAUGCUUCUGGUAAAACUUUAGGCUGUUCUUUGGGUACAGUUACUGGAGCUAAUUAA